AUGGGCGCCUGUAUCAGCCUAUGGUACCGCCGCAAGACCCACACCGUUGCAAUGAUCGGACUUCAGGGUGUUGGAAAGACAACAAUUCUAUACAAGAUGAAGAAGAAAGGACUACUGCCAGAUAGUCCUUUAGAGAUCGGAUACAAUCUCGAGAUAGUGUCCUACAGCGAGUCCACGUUUGCAGUAUGGGAUAUGAAUGUUGGAGGCACGCACAGUGGAACCCGUAGUCUGAUGCAGACUUUUGCUGCCGGAACAAAGGCCAUUAUCUUUGUCGUCGACUCAACGAACACCGAACGUAUCGCCGAUGCAAAGGAACAACUGGAUCAACUUCUCAGCAUCAAGGAACUGAACAAUACCCCUCUUCUUAUAUUCGCAAACAAGCAAGAUUUGCCCCGUGCACUCAGCACAAGUCAACUAAUCGACAAGCUUGGUCUUUUCGCCCUCCACAAUCGAAAGUGGAAUAUUCAAGCCUCUAGCGCGACGUACGGAGAUGGUCUGUACGAAGGCUUCGAGUGGGUGCACACCACGUUGAGGGGGCGCCGAUGA